GCACUCGUCUCUAUCAUGUCAACAUUCUCCUUCGCCUUAUCUCCUGCCAAGCGCUCCAGUCGCCCAUUCACUCCUGUAAUUCGCGCAGAAUCGGGACGCUCCAGCGACGCGUGCAUGGUUGGAUGGGCAUAUUACCUCAUUCGAAAGCUGGAAGCAUAUAGAACGUGCGCAGUUGUUAUAUUCCGGGCGGAAUGUAGUCAGCUGCCCCGCGGCUGAGUGUUCGGCUCCCAUCACACCUCAUCUCACCAUCUCACCGGCACUAACACCACCUCCGCACUCAUCCCCUCCAUCACCGAUGCCGUGGCCAACACUACCCCCCGGCCCGGGGAGUCCGGGCGAAAGCUGGAUGGCGCAUCCCGAGGCGUUCGCCGACGGACCGGACUACGCUGAGCCCCUCGUGUCCGCGCCCACCAAAGCCGUCGAAGAUCACUGCGCCCACACCGAAGACAGCGCCGAGUUGUGCGAGUACAUCCGCGCAUGUGCGCGCCAAGAGCCCCGCGUCUCACUCCGCAUUAGCGGGGACAACGGCCGCGCCUUCGACUUCACGAUCGACCUGGGUCCCGUGCUGGCCCAGGACGGGCGGAACAUCCGCCUCUUCUCGCGCCCCACCGCGGCAUACCGCACCGCGCACGCGCUGCGCGCCGCGGCCGCCAGCGUGUCCCGCGACAUCGCGCAGGCAUGGGCGGCGUGGUGGCGCGUCCUCCUCCCCGAGUGGCAGCCACGCGCGCGCCGGCACUCAAACCUCCACCCGCCGUGGUCUGAGGGCCCGUGGCGGAGCAUGGGCACAGGCAAGGUCAUGGACGAGGAGGCGCCGCUGUUGCGCCGCGAGCUGAGGGGAUGGUGUGAGGCGUAUGCGGCCGACAGCGGCGCGCUGAAGCGUUUCACGCUAAAGAAGGAGGUGUGGGGGUGGGAUCUGGAUUUGUUGCGCCGGACCGUGCAGCACCGGAUUUGGGCGAGUGGGCAGCGCGCGUUCGUCGACGUCGAAAUCGAGUGUGGAGAAGACGACGUCGUCGUCGAGCCUGAUAACGCGCUCGUACGCCUCAAGCAUAACGGCUGGGUCGUGCUCUUCGCCUGGAUCACACUGCUAUAUCCGCUUCUCUGGGUGCUUCUACACCUCUUAGGGCGGCAUGGUGCUACAUAUGACCAAGCCGUGGCGAGUUACGCACUCAAACUAUACCCAGCACUACCAGGCACAAGUCCGACCGAGUCUCUAGCUGAAGGCGCCCGCCGUUACGCGGCAGCUGCAGGACGCUGGGGUCUACCCGCUGACGCGCGCCUCGUCAAGGGCCCACGCGGCGUGCAUAUCCUGGUCGGCGUUGAAGAAUCCGAGUGGCUGCAACAAUGGGAGGAGAGAAUUUUGCAGGCUGUCAGACUGCGCAUUAAGGCGCCGCUCGAGAGCCAGGUGCGUGUGUUGGAAGAGAACGAGGAUGAGGGUCCAGAAAUGUGUGAGGUGUAGUGCCUUGGGGUUUCUCAACUUGGUGUUCGUAGGUGUCGUGAGGGUCGCAUCAGUUGUCCGUCGCGUGUGUUGUAGUUGAAUGUAUCUUCCAUGUCAUGUUGA